AUGGAUAGAUCCGGUCUUAAGGGCAACUUCACACCCAAUACCUGGUACGAGGAAGUAGAAAUCUGUAGCCAGGGAAGUUUCAGUGGCAAAGUGAUUACUAUGAUCCCGGUCCCACCACUUGAUCUGGGAAGCCUUGUUGACUCUGAUGAGGAGGAUAAUUUUUCACAAACACCAUGUGGUACAGUCCAUGUUCAUCUUAACCCAUCACGGUCACAGCCUGCUCUGGGCUGGGCUCUGCCAUGUCAAAGACCUGACACUCAGCAUGGACUACAGGAAGUGGAACAAGACAUAAUACCUGAGGAUUUGCCAGUGCCAACAGGCAAAUACAAGCUAAAGUACCAGCAGUACGCAAGCGAAAUGAAAGACAGCUACAAACAGUACAUUCAGAGGAGCACAGAGAAGCCAAGGGCAGCAAGCAGGCCAGAGGCAACUGAGAAGGUGGAAGGAGCCAGUCUGGACAACCUCAUGACUUUGGAUAGGAAAGCCCUCUUACAGCAAGGUUACGCAGAUAGCACUUACCAUAGACAGAGCAGCACGAGGAAAUCACAUGUGGAGACUGUGGCUAUAGAGAAGAAGAAACAGACCGUUGCAGAGCAGAUGAUGAUAGACCACUUAUCCAGGUGGGUGCUAGGAACGCCCACCACACCUGUAUUCUGA